CCUAGAUUUGCAGCACUUGUUCCCACCAAUAACUUUGUCUUUUGUUCCUCUGAGUAGUGAUGGCUAGCCUCAAGUUUGCAUGCGUAGUUGCGGUGAUAUGCAUGGUUGUGGUGAUCACUGCACCCAUGACAAAUGCCAUCACGUGCGGGGAAGUAGCCAGAUCCCUAUCUCCAUGCAUCAAUUACCUUCGGAGCCGCCGCGGCGGAUCACCGGAGGCGGAAUGCUGCAGAGGAGUCACGAGCCUCAACCGCGCCGCCAGUAACACCGCCGACCGACGCACCGCGUGCAAUUGCCUGAAAUCCGUUGCCGCUUCUAUUUCUGGUUUAAAUGCCAACAACGCAGCUUCACUCCCCGGGAGAUGUAGAGUCAGGGUGCCCUACAGGAUCAGCACCUCCACCAACUGCAACAGGAUCAGGUAAUGAAUCGUGCAUGGAUCCGGGGAGGAAGAAAUGGAAGGGAAAUUUUUCAAUAGCACAAUACUAUAUAUCAUUUUGUCAUUGUAGAGUUAUAAUUAAUAAAUCAAAGGGCGAUGACUGGUGACUACACUUAUGCGACUGUCAUCUUGGUAUCAGCGUGUGUAGUCGUUUCAGACUUUGUUCUAGAUAUGUUAAUGUUGUUGUGUUCACUGAAAUUUGUCUGUUUGUUGGUGCAUGUAAUAAAGACAAAUGUAAUAAAUUCCUUGCUACUUUACUUUAAUUUUUGCAGUUUGCUUUUAAUAACAGAAUAUUGCAGUUUCCUUGUUGGCUCA